UGAAGGUUCCGGGUAACGCCUUCUGGUUCAGGGGUGGUCGGCUGUAGCACUGCUUGACUGUGAGGUGGAGAAACUGGCCAACAAGGAGACUACAGCGAAGCCCGGAAGACUGCACAGCCGGGCAGAAGACGGGGCUUGGGGUUGGGGGACAGUCAAGCAGAUUGUCUGACAUGGCCCUGGGAACGUGACCACUCUGAGACCGAGGCAGGACCUCACCAGACCCUUCCAGCGAGCCUCUCGUCUUGGCGGGGCCUAAUUUCCAGCAGCCGGCUAGGCCUCAUUCCUGAACGAGGACAUGGCGUCCCCAAGCCCACUGCUGGAGCCAAAGGAGGAGUGGGAUUAUCUGGAUCCAGCUCACAGAAGCUUGUAUAAAGAUGUCAUGAUGGACAGUUAUGGAAACCUGGUCUCUCUGGAUGUUUUAAACAGAAAUAAAGAUGAAGAGCCAACUGUGAAAGAAGAAAUCAAGGAAGACAUAGACCCACCAGGUGUAAUAGUAACAAGAAUCAAAAGUGAAAUUGACCAAGACCCUAUAGGUAGAGAAACCUUUGAACUUGUUGGUAGGUUAGAUAAACAGAGAGGGAUCUUUUUAUGGGAAAUACCACCUGAAUCUUUGACCCAGGAACAGAAAAUGUUCAGAGGGCACACUAAUGUUCGUAAGAGACCAAACUCAGAAGAGAAGUGUCAUAAAUGUGAAGAAUGUGGAAAGGGUUUUGUCCGCAAGGCCCAUUUCAUUCAGCAUCAAAGGGUCCAUACUGGUGAGAAACCAUUUCAGUGCAAUGAGUGUGGGAAAAGCUUUAGCCGAAGUUCAUUUGUUAUUGAGCAUCAGAGAAUUCACACUGGGGAACGGCCCUAUGAGUGUAACUUCUGUGGGAAAACCUUUAGUGUGAGCUCUACUCUUAUUAGACAUCAGAGAAUCCACACUGGAGAAAGGCCUUACCAGUGUAAUCAGUGUAAACAGAGCUUCAGCCAGAGAAGGAGCCUUGUUAAACAUCAAAGGAUUCACACAGGUGAGAAACCCCAUCAAUGUAGCGACUGUGGAAAAGCCUUCAGUUGGAAAUCACACCUUAUUGAGCAUCAGAGAACACACACUGGUGAAAAACCCUACCACUGUACCAAAUGCAAGAAAAGUUUUAGUCGAAACUCAUUGCUUGUUGAACACCAGAGAAUUCAUACUGGAGAAAGACCUCAUAAAUGUGGUGAAUGUGGGAAAGCAUUUCGAUUAAGUACAUACCUUAUACAACACCAAAAAAUACAUACUGGUGAGAAGCCUUUUCUUUGUAUUGAAUGUGGAAAAAGUUUCAGUCGAAGCUCAUUCCUUAUUGAACAUCAGAGGAUCCACACUGGUGAACGUCCUUAUCAGUGCAAAGAGUGCGGGAAAAGUUUCAGUCAGCUUUGUAACCUUACUCGUCAUCAGAGAAUUCACACAGGAGACAAACCCCACAAAUGUGAGGAGUGCGGAAAAGCCUUCAGUAGAAGCUCAGGACUCAUUCAGCAUCAGAGAAUACAUAUCAGGGAAAAGACUUCUCCAUACAAUGAAACUAAGGAAAGUUUUGAUCCUAACUGCAGUCUUCUUAUACAGCAGGAAGUCUACCCUAAGGAAAAAUCUUACAAAUGUGAUGAGUGUGGGAAAACUUUUAGUGUUAGUGCACAUCUGGUACAACAUCAAAGGAUCCACACUGGUGAAAAGCCCUACCUGUGUACUGUCUGUGGGAAAAGCUUUAGUCGGAGCUCAUUUCUUAUUGAACAUCAGAGAAUCCACACAGGUGAAAGACCUUAUUUGUGCAGACAGUGUGGCAAAAGCUUUAGUCAACUUUGUAAUCUUAUUCGGCAUCAGGGUGUUCACACUGGUAAUAAACCCCAUAAAUGUGAGGAAUGUGGUAAAGCCUUUAGCAGGAACUCAGGUCUUAUUCAACACCAGAGAAUACACACAGGAGAGAAACCUUACAGGUGUGAAAAAUGUGACAAAAGUUUUAGUCAACAACGCAGCCUUGUCAACCAUCAGAAGAUCCACACAGAGGUGAAAACCCAAGAAAUUUAUGAAUGUGAUGCUUGUGGGGAAGCCUUUAAUUGUCAGAUUUCUCUAAUUCAGCAUCAAAAAUUACAUAUUAUGUGGAUGCAGUAAAAUCAGAGACAUUUGUAUGCCCAAAUUUGAGACUAGCUACCAAAGUGCAGUUUUAGUAUGGCCCCAGUGUGGGUCAAAUUUAGUGAUAAAGCAAUUUAAUUUCCCCUUGGCCUUGCGCAAAUAGUUUCUAAAUAUCCUAUGAAUAGUGGACAGUGCCUGUGGAAAACUGACUUGCAAUUACUCUUGGUUUUGGGGGCCAUAGAGAUUUGUUGGUCAUUCUAAUCCCAAACUUUUAGUAGAAUUGAUUGGGCAAAGCAUAAGAGAAAUGUUCUGAAGGACCAAAUGAAAUUAAUGCAAGGGAACUAGGAGCAACUGAUGGAGAGCUGGAAAUAGUUCAAAAAGUCUUAGGUUGCCAACUCUUACAGAUGUCCUUCAGUUCCAUGAUGUUUGGCUAUCCAUGUCAAACACAGUGAUUGAGCCAAUGUAAUUUGUAAAAGUCCAGAUAUGUUUAAAGUCACCAUACACUGUUUAUCACUAUCUAAGGAAAGUUGUUGAAAAUUGUGGAAGGUGGGAGCUCCCCUGCUUCCCAGGUUGAUAAAAUGAGUGAAUCAAGUUGUAAAGGUAUUUGUAGGUAAUUAAACCAAUAAUGGUAUUACCAAGGAAUCCUUAGGAGUUCCCCCUUGGGCCUCAAAAGAUCGAAAAUUACUGGUUUAUUUUGUGCUGUCCCAUCUGUGAAACCUGUUUGUAAUACUAUAUCAAUAUAAAUUUAUUCCUGCAUAAUCAGAAACAUGUGAAAGUGUAGAUAUUUUGAUUACCAAGAAUUGGAAAUAAAAAAGACCUAAAGUAUA